UUAAAUGAACCGGGGAAUGCUGAUAUUUUCAUGUCAAUAGUUUUAACUUCUAAAUUCUUAAUUUGGGAUUGUAUGAAAUUCGAAAUGUGUUUCAAGCCGCGACUAAAUCUUAGAAGGAUCACAAAACAAGUUCAUAAGUGGUUGUAUCGGCAGCAGUGUGCUACAUUAAAUACUGCAUCAAUUGUAGUGCAUUAUCAUGAUCAACCUGAUAAAUCAGAAGGCGAUAAAAAGCUCUACCGAUCUUUAAGUCUAUCAAAUGGCUUACGAGCUAUGCUUAUAUCUGAUCCAAACAUUGAAGAGAUUCGAACUCGCAGCGAGGAUUCAGAAAAUGGGAAGCUCUCGGUUUCUAGUAAAGAAAGUUUAGGCUUGUCACAGGAACGGUUUCGUGGUAAAUUAGCCGCUUGUGCCGUCCUUGUCACAGUCGGCUCAUUUUGCGAACCUCAUAAUUAUCAGGGUCUAGCGCAUUUUGUUGAGCACAUGAUAUUUAUGGGAUCAGAAAAAUAUCCGGCUGAAAAUCAAUUUGACGCUUUUGUGAGUAAAAGUGGGGGAUUUAGUAAUGCCCAUACGGAAAAUGAGGAGACAUGUUUUUAUUUUGAGGUGGAAGAAGCUCAUCUAGACGAAAGUAUGGAUCUAUUUAUGAAUUUAAUAAAGGCACCGCUGAUGUUAAAAGACACUAUGGCUCGAGAGCGGUCAGCAGUGCAAUCCGAAUUUGAACAGACUUAUAUGAGAGAUGAAGUUCGUAGGGAACAGAUUUUGGCGAGCUUGGCAAGUGAUGAAUAUCCGCACGGAACUUUCAGUUGGGGAAACUUUAAGUCUCUUCAAGAGGGUGUUAAUGAUAAUAUGCUGCAUAAAUCCCUUCAUGAAUUUUGUCAAAAACAUUACGGAUCCAAUCGCAUGAUAGUAUCAAUCCAAGGUCAGCAAUCUUUGGAUGCUCUAGAAGAAAUGCUAAUACGUCAUUGUGCAGACAUACCGAAUAGUCAAGAACAUCAAUUAGAUUUAUCCAAAUAUAGUUAUCAAAAUGCGUUUCGAAAAAAAUUUUUUCAAGAUGUAUUUUUAGUGCAACCAGUAGAAGAUGUGUGCAAGUUGGAAUUAACUUGGGUUCUACCGCCUAUGAAGGAUUAUUAUCGUACUAAACCAGAUACUUUUCUUUCACAGCUGAUUGGUUAUGAAGGUAUCGGAAGCCUAUGCUCAUAUUUACGUAGACGUUUGUGGUGUUUGAGUAUAAUGGCUGGUGUCGGAGGGAGUAGCUUUGAAACUAACUCAAUUUACUCAUUGUUUAAUAUUUGCAUAUACUUAACCGACGAGGGGUUUGAACAUUUAGAUGAGGUAUUGGAAGCUACAUUUUCUUGGAUAAAGCUUAUCAAUAAUAGUGAUAGGUUACAAACUUUCUAUAAUGAACUUAAACAAAUAGCAGAUGUUAAUUUUCGAUUUCAUAUUGAACUACCACCAAUUGAAAAUGUUCAAAAUGUUGUGGAAAGUAUUAAUUAUUUGCCAUCUAAGCAUGUACUUACCGGACCUCAUUUGUAUUUUCAAUAUGAUGAAUUGGAUAUUAAGAUAUUAAAAGAGCAUAUAAACGAAUUUAAAUUUAAUAUCAUGAUUUCUUCACAUAUUCCUUUGGAGAAAUGUGAAUAUGAUCAGAGAGAACAGUGGUUUGGAACUCAGUAUACCACAAUUCCAAUGCCUUCCAAAUGGGUAGCUAUGUGGCAAAAUCCACCCAUUUUAGAAGAACUUUGCUUCCCUCCAGCUAAUCCUUUUAUAACAACUGAUUUCAAAAUUUAUUGGAAAGAAGCAGGGAUGCCUUAUAUUUCUCAACGUCCGAAAGCCCUAAUAAGCAAUGACCAAUGCGAACUGUGGUUCCGACAAGAUGAUAUUUUUCAGCUACCGGAUGGAUAUAUUAAUUUAUAUUUCAUUACUCCUCUUGUUCGCCAAAGUGUAAAGCAAUAUAUGCUUGGCGUACUUUAUACAUACUUGGUAGAAUUUACUAUAGCUGAGGAGUUGUAUCCAGCAUUAGAAGCAGGGUUGACGUAUGGUCUAUAUAUUGGGGAUAAAGGACUGGUACUAAGGGUAAGUGGAUUCAAUGAAAAGCUUCCACUUUUGGUAAAAAUUAUUAUGAAUGUAAUGAGAACUAUAGAAAUAAAAAGGGAUCAAGUAAUAUCAUUCAAGGAACUGAAGAAGCGGCAAAUAUUUAAUGCUCUGAUUAACGGAAAAACGUUAAAUCUUGACUUGCGUCUUAGUGUUUUGGAAAAUCAACGCUUUAAUAUGAUUCAAAAAUAUGAAUCAAUCGAUGAAAUUACCUUGGACGAUUUGAAGGAAUUUAAAGAGAACUUUCAUAAGAAAAUGUAUGUACAAGGCCUCAUACAAGGAAACUUUACGGAUGAACAGGCAAAGGAAGUAAUGAUAAAUGCUCUAUCCAUUUACAACAGCGAAAAGAUUGAAGAUUUAUCUGCUCUAGACAAUUGCCUAUUACAAUUGCCCCUCGGGUCACACUAUUUGAAAGUGAAAGCUUUAAAUAAUGAUGACACUAAUACCAUUGUAACAAACUAUUAUCAAAUAGGACCUAGUAACCUUCUAUUAGAAUGUAUGAUGGAUUUAGUAGAGUUGAUCGUGGAAGAACCAUUUUUUAGUCAGUUGCGUACUCAAGAGCAAUUAGGUUAUAGUCUUGGAAUACAUCAACGUAUUGGGUAUGGAAUUUUGGCGUAUAUUAUUACUAUAAAUACCCAAGAGACAAAGCAUAAAGCAGAUUAUGUUGAAAAUCGAAUUGAAAUUUUUAGAUCCCGAAUUCCAGAGAUUGUGUUUCAAAUGAGUGGGACGGAAUUUGAUAAUAUUUUACAAACAUUAAUAAGUGGCAAAAUGAUGGGUGACACUGGAUUGGAUGAGGAGGUUAUGCGUAAUUGGAGUGAAAUAGUCACAAUGGAAUAUUUCUUUAAUAGAAUGGAAAUGCAAAUACAAACUCUUACCAGUUUAACACAGGACCAAGUUUUAGACUUUCUUUAUGACUAUGACAAAAAAAGCUUCAGAAAACUGUCUGUGCAAGUAGUUGGGCGAAAUACUAUGCCACCACUGUCAUCUUUUCCGGUAAUUUCUAAUAUGCAGAGCUCUAUUGCCCAUCCUGGUAUACAAUCAGGGUCAUUGGAAGAAUUAUUGGGAGAAGUGCAACGUAAUAUAUCCGAUGAGCAGGCUCUACUCGAUCCGAUAAAUACAAAGAUAAAAAUAGAGUUUUUAGGAAAAAGUGAAGAUCCGACAAAUAUCGUGGAUGUUUCGGCUUUUAAAAAAACUCUAAAUGUUUAUCCAUUGCUUAAUACUAAUCCAAAAUUUGGAAAUAACACAUAACUCAUUCAGCAAUAUAUGCAUUCAUUAAUACCAGAAAUAUAUAUGAGCUUUUUAAAGACUUAUAAAUUAAGUAAUAUAUUUGAUACAUUUAAUACA